AUGAUUUCGCAAAUCCUUCUGAUCAUCAUCACCAUCUUUUUACCUCCUGUCGGCGUCUUCAUGAUCGCUGGUUGCGGCGCUGACCUUCUCGUAGGCGAACACAUUCAUUGCUUACUCUAUGACAUGACUAACAAUUGUCGAAGANUCAACAUCUGUUUGACCAUCCUUGGAUACUUCCCUGGUCACAUCCAUGCCUUCUACCUCGAAUACGUCUAUUACCACAGACAAGAGCAGGCCAACCUGGGCGUCUACGACAAUAAUAGAGCAGCUGGAGUCUACAGCGACAAUGUUCAGACUGGUGGUCGCGGCUAUGGCACCAUGCCAGCUCCCGCGACUGGCGCUCAAGUCAACUAG